AUGCCCGCCGUACCCAUAAAGUGCAUAAAUUUUAAUUCUGAACAGAAUUGUUUUGCUGUCACCACCGAAACAGCACUUCGUGUUUUUAACUGUGAUCCGUUGGUGGAACUGCGAAAUUUAAGUAUCUCGCAAGUCGGAAGUGUUUCAAUAUGUGCACUGUUACAUCGAACAAAUUUGAUUGCUAUCGUUUCCGGUGGAUCGCAUCCGAAAUUCGCGGAAAACGUUGUGAUGAUUUGGGAUGAUUCACAAAAGAAGUUCGUACUGGAAUUUACAGUUAAUGGUCCUGUACUUAACGUUUGUCUUACUUAUACAAGAUUGGUUAUUGUGCAAGCACGACGUGUACACGUUUUUGAAUUCCCCAGUAAUUGUAAAUUGAUCAGAACUGAGGAGUCUGCCUAUAAUCCGACUGGUUUGGCUGCACUUUCGGCCGAUACAAGGAGUGAAUUCCUUGUGUUUCCGGGUUAUAAAAUCGGAAGUGUGCAAUUGAUCAAUAUACAGAGUUUAAAGGAGGCCAGUUCGCUGUCUCCAACAAUAAUUAAUGCACACCAAACUGAUGUCGUUAAAUUGGCACUGAAUAAUCAAGCCACACUGCUAGCCACUGGUUCACAAAAGGUGCCAUUAUCAGUCUUAUUGUUAUUAUCAUUAUGA